AUGUCUGAAUCCAGUAAUCCCGAAGACAAGAUCAGGGCCUGGCUUCAACUCACAAUCAACGAGAGCGGUCAUUCUAAGCAAGGAGAUUGGAUGAACACCCUCGUUCCUCACCUUGAACUCGUCUCCAGCAACGCUGAGGGCCCUCAUCCAUCUUGUGUAUUCUCAUAUACAGUUCAGCCCGACAAUUGCAACCGGUUGCAAAACCUUCACGGUGGCUGCGCAGCUACGCUCUUUGACUGGUGCACGACGUUACCUAUCGCUUUGGUGAACAAGCCCGGCUUCUGGCAACAUUUAGGUGUGAGCCGAACACUCAACGUUACCUACAUGCGACCUGUUCCCGUUGGGACUGAGAUACUCAUCGAGUGUACCAUUACUCAGAUUGGGCGGAAACUGGCGACCCUGCAUGGAACAAUGAGGAGGAGAGAGGACAACUUACUGCUGGCGACAGCCGAGCAUGGCAAAGUUAACAUUGAUGCCGAUAUUGCCAAGAUGUAG